AUGAUGGACAUGGAGAUGACAAGUAGCUCGGUACCUGUCUGCAGACAAGGUCUGUUCAUCCACACAGGAAACUCCCUGAUGCGAGACCACGCGCUGUCCUGUGAGAGACUGCUUCAUGUUGGCCAGCUGAACUUGACACACUCUGAUAUAAGGUCACCCAGGUUUCAAGACUCCGUUGAUUCUGCUGCUCCAUGCCUGAAUGGAAGUCACCCGGCUCAGCACAUUAAACAAGAAUGCCCGAGUGAUUAUAAGGUUCUGUCUGAGGCUUCCACACAUAGGAGGAUUACGGAGGGGAUGGAGCUAAGAGCCUCUGGUAGUCUGCAUCCUGAAAUAGACCUAAUGAAUAAUAGCUUUACAAAUUCACUUUCAUCCUACUUGUUUAAUAAUGAACAUAGCUCCUCCCUGGGUCCUUUGUCACUUGGCACCCCUCAGCACUCGGCCAGGCUACAAACAAGCAACCUGAAGAAGAGAUGCAUCUCUGUUGUGCCGUCUUCAGCUGAAGGAAUUGAUAUUACAGCGAUCAUCCGCACAUCACAGACGUCACUGGUCACCUGUGUGAAUGGACUGCGAACUAAUUCAGCUGGCAUUUCCUCUCAUCCUGUGGAGAUCAGUCAUCACAGUGCUCAGAAAUCCUCGCGGCCCCAGCCUUGCUCUCAGCCUGGAAACCCUUGCAGUAUUCCCUCCCCUCCAGCAUGUCUUGUACCUAUUUCUGCUGAAUGUGACAGAGGUGACUGUGAGCAGAUACAAAUGCAGCAAGUCGAGGAGAAUGGAAGCCUCAGCCUUCUGAUGAACGGUACUAGCAUCCCUCAUCAAAACACCUCGCACGGCACCCAGAAGGUGAGUUUCUUAAAGCAAGAACCAGCUGAUGAUUAUUCCUCCACUGCUGAUCUUUUUCGACAUCACCAGGGGCUGCCUCCCCCUUACCAUCUACACCAGCAGCUAAGCCAGGCGCAAGGGACGCUGCCUCACUUACACGCCUCUAUGUCUCCAAAGUCCCUCCAGCCCAGCGAUGGGGACGAACAGGACCUCAGCAAUGGCAAACAGGUCUGUCAGUGGAUUGACUGCAGUGCCACUUACGACCAACAAGACGAACUGGUCAGACACAUAGAAAAGACUCACAUUGACCAGCGGAAAGGAGAGGACUUCACUUGCUUUUGGGCAGGCUGUGUCCGCCGAUAUAAACCCUUCAAUGCUCGAUACAAACUGCUGAUUCAUAUGAGGGUUCAUUCUGGAGAAAAACCAAACAAGUGCAUGUUUGAAGGGUGCAACAAGGCAUUUUCUAGGCUUGAGAACCUUAAGAUUCACCUCCGGAGUCACACUGGGGAGAAGCCGUACCUGUGUCAGCAUCCCGGCUGCCAGAAAGCUUUCAGCAACUCCAGCGACCGGGCAAAGCAUCAGCGAACACACCUGGAUACCAAGCCCUAUGCCUGUCAGAUUCCUGGCUGCUCCAAACGCUACACCGACCCCAGCUCCCUGCGCAAGCACGUGAAAGCUCAUUCUGCCAAAGAACAGCAGGUGCGUAAGAAGCUGAAUUCAUGUACUGAUAUUGAACAAGACGUACUAAGUGAAUGCUUAGCCAUACAACAGCUCCACACAUCUUCACAACACAUCUUGGAUGGAAAGUGUGGUAGAUCUGUAGGUCAUCAUGAUUUAAUUACAGGUAAGAAUACUGCUAAUAAGUACGGUGCUAAAUAUGUCAUGUAA